AGAGACCCUAAUGGAAGAGUGUAGAGUCCCACUUACGAAUUAAAAAGGGGAGUAUAUGGUAAGAAAAUGUUAGUUGAGUCUAGUGGGAUUGAAGUAAAACUCAUACUGGGAUGAUAAGAAAAACUAAUCAAAAUCACCACCACUUUGCUCUAACAAUAAGUACAAUAGAAUCCGUAAUCUCACGUAUGUAGUUGUUGAGUUUAAACACGAUAGUAAAGCCGUUAGUCAUGGAUUCAUUUUUAUUUUUUUGUACUUCUUGUAACAGUUAAAUGUGUAAAAUAUUUUAAUAAUAUUACGCAGUUUCUCACAGUUGUUCACACGUAUAAUUCACUGUAGUGUAUCUCUGUUUUUAACGCGUAUGUUGACAUCUAAAAAUAAAAUUAUAUCAAUACAUAUUAUAAAUUCAGCAUAAAGUUAAUUCUAUAAAACUGUCUAGUUAAUUAACUUCCAAUUUUUUCUACAUUAAUCUUUCUAAUAAUAAAGUUUUAAAAAUGGAAAGAGGUUAUAGUUUGGCAAAGAAACACAAAGUUUUAUAUGAAUGGAAAAUAAAUGCUAUCAGUACCUAUCUAAAUGCUCCUGUCACUGAAGACGGCCUUGUUUUGAAAUCACCAGAAUUCUCGGUUGGAACUGAAAUUAACGAUAACUGGUAUAUUAGCUUGAAUUUUAAAAAAAGCAAACUGUGUGUGUGUCCGAAUUUCAUAUCAAUAUUUCUUUAUAAUUGCACUGAAAACGAAAUAACAACAGACGCUGUAUUUUUUAUUUUAAAUAAUGAUACGGAAAGAGUAUUUAUUAGAGACUUCAAAAAAGUAUACAAGUCACAGCUAGGCUGGGGUUUUGAAGAAUUUUUAGAAAAAGAAAGAUUACAAAAGGAAAAAUUUGAGUUAAUUCCUCAUGAUAUUUUGACAGUAGGUGUUGAAGUCACUGUCUACGAUGAAUGUACUACAAUUACAACUAGUGUUCCGUUUAAAGAUAUAAAAAGUCAAAUGUCACAUGAUUACGAAGAACUUUACAACUCUAAAAUAGGCAGCGACGUUGUUGUGGAGGUGGGUGAUAAAGAAUUCCCAGCUCACAAAAUUAUUCUGAUUGCACGAAGUCCUGUUUUAGCUGCGAUGUUUUCUCACGAAAUGAUUGAGAAGAAGGAUAAUAGAUUAACAAUAAUAGAUAUUGACCCAGAAAUAUUCGAAAAAGUCUUGGAAUAUAUUUACACUGAUAAAGUGGUUGAUCUUGAUGAUGACGCUAACGAUUUGUUAGAAGCCGCUGAUAAAUAUCAGCUGGAAACUUUAAAGCAAAUGUGUCAAAACUCGCUCAGCAAAUCUCUAACUGCAGAAAAUUCGAUCUAUCUGAUGACUCUGGCCGAACGCCACAAUGCCAAAGAGUUAUUGGAAUAUGUCAGUGAGUUCAUGGUUGUUAAUGCUGAAGAGAUUAUUGAGACCAAAAACUUCAAAGAGUGGGAGAAGUCAAAAUCAUCUUUGGAUUUGAUGUUGUUUAAAAAAUUCACGAUGUUGAAUUUGGAUAAAAAUAAAACUAAAAUUACUCAUUUGAGUUAAAAAUUAUCAAGUAAAUCGAAGUUUAAAAUAAAAGUGAACCAGGUUCAGAUAUAAAGUCUCGAUUUAUAUUUCAAUGUUAUUUCUGACUAUUUUUAUACAGAAAAUAUUUUCAUAAAUUUUUUUGUCUUGAGCUCAAAUAUAUUUAUAUUUAUUUCGUUAAAUAGUACGGUUGAGUUUUUGAAAUAUGUCGACUUACUGAUAGCAUUGAGGCGUAAAAGUUAUUGCUUAGAGUAUAAUUUUAAACAGAACAAGACAUGCAAGCGAAUAAAGUCAUCACUUUCAACUGGAAUUACUUAUUACUGAUAACAUCAUCAU